AUGGAAAAUUUUAAUGAAACAAGAAGAAAUUUAAUAUUUGAAUUAAUCAGCACUGAACAUGAUUAUAUAAAAGAUUUAUAUUUUGUUAUUGAGAAUUAUGCGAAUCGUAUUGAAAAAAGUCAAUUGAUAUCGUCAAAAGAUUUUGAAUUAAUUUUCAAUCAUCUUGAAGAUAUUUAUGAUGUUAAUCGAUUGUUUUUCAAAGAUCUCAGUGAACGUUUACGAGAAUCAUUGAAUCGUGAUUUUAAUUUCUGUGAUUUAUUUCAUUAUUAUCUUGAACAAAUGAAACCAAAUUAUCAAAAAUUUUUUACCAAUCAAAUUAAUGCAUCUAAACGAUUACAGAAUCUAAUCGAAACAAAUCGUUCGUUUGAAAAUCUUUUACGACAAAUUUCAAUUGAAACAAAAUCACAUUUACCAUUAAGUUCCUAUCUGAUUAAACCGAUGCAACGUAUAACAAAAUAUCCAUUAUUAAUUGAAAAAAUUCUUCAAUAUACACCGAAAAAUCAUGAUGAUUUUGAUGAUUGUCAAAAAACAUUAGAAUUUGCUAAAAAAUUUUGUUCCGAUCUGAAUGAAACCUGUAGAAAAACGGAUAAUUUUGAUAAAUUACAUUGGAUACAGCAACAUGUACGAAUUACAUCGAAAUUAUUUCCCCGUUCAAUUGAUUUUAAUUCGGAAACACAAUUUCUUGGACCACGUACAUUAAUACGUGUCGGUAUUCUAAUCAAAAGUCCAUCAUCACGUGUAUUGGUAGGAUUUUUAUUCAAUGAUUUUUUUAUGUUAGUAACACCGGAUAAAAGUGGUCUUAAAUUACGAAAUGUUACGAAUUUUUUCCAAACAAAACGUGCCUAUUCAACAACCUAUACAUUAUAUCGAAAACCAAUGAUAUUGGAUCAAUUUCAAUUGGCCGAUCUAAUCGGUUUUGAACAACAAUUAAGUCCAUCAUUAUUUCGGCUAUAUUUACCCAAAGAAAAACGUUAUCUAAAUUUACGUUCACAUUCACAUAAUGAUUGUACACAAUGGUUAAAUGAUAUACAUCGUGCACAACAAACAUAUAAAGAUAUAUUAUCUAAAUUAAAACGUAAUAAUAUUAUAUCGGUUGGUAAACCAAUCGGUAGUUUAUUCAUAACAAUUGUUGAAGCUGUACAAAUCUAUACAAUUAAUCCUGAAAUUGAUGUUCAAAUACAUAUUUCGAUUGGUCAUGAUUGGGAUCAUAUAACGGGAACAUUUCAAACACCGAUAAUACAAUGUCCAAAAGGAAAUUCUUUACGAAAUAAUUCAUUUAAUCGAAUGCAAAAUAAUGUGAAUAAUAUACGAACAUCAUCAUCAUCUUCAUCAACAUCAUCAUCAUCAACGAAUAAUAAUGUUAAUAUAUCAUCAUCAUCAACAACAACAGCAACAACACAAUCAUCAUUUCGUGGUCCAUAUCGUAUUGAAUGGAAUUAUGAUUCAAAAUUAUUAUUUUAUAAUUUUGAUGAUUAUCUUUUAAUACGUUGUACAGAUGUUAAUCCAUUCGAACCAAAUCGUUGUUUAGGUGAACGUCGUUUAUUAUUAAGAGAUUUAUUUAAUGAAAGUAAUAGUAUUGGUGGUACUAUUACACAGAAUAUUCAACUACAUGCACCACAAAAUCAGGAACGUUUUAUGAAUCUAUUUGAUCAUAGUCAUCAACAUUGUCGUCCAUCAUUAUUGAUUAAAUAUAAAUUUCUUGUGUAUAGCCAAAAUAAUGGUAACAGUUAACAUUCCGAAUUUUAAUUGGAAUCAAU